AGAGCGUCACGUUGCAAUAACCGCAAUAAUCUACAGUCAUCGGCCGCAGUCUGUUCAUCCAAGAACGCGUUGAUUCUCAUCGUACACUGCAGUCCAAAACAAGAUCGGCUUGUGAUACGAUCGGAUAACAUACGCAUCGUGCAAAAGUCUCCGACUCAGAGACGACAAGGCUGCGCAUCAAAGGCGACAGUCGACUCACUCCCCAUCACGACAAUCCUCUUCUCGCCCCCUCCUCAUCACCUUUACUCAUCAAUUACAUGCUCAGAUAGUCGAAGAAAUGCAUCUUAAUGCAAAAUUCACCAGCCUGGCUACCAUUGGCCUUGCUCUAGCAGGCGAUGCUCAAUUUGCGCCAAACAGGUUGAAUGCCGAGAAGAAUGCGUACGCCAUCUUCAAUUCUAUCCAUUCUGCGGGUCGCCAAUGGGGAUCAGGCAUCUACCAUAACGGUUUCGCCUUGAUUCCUGCUGUCGUGCCUCGCGGCUCACUCUUCUACCACGGGUCAACCUCCAAAGACGUCCCAGAAGGCUCUGAAUGGUUGGCAUUCGAGCCUGAAGCUGCUGAAGGCUUCGCUGGCGAUUGGCCUGGAUCGCCAAAUAAUCACAAUCGUCCACAGAACUUCUCCCCAGUCAACCAAGAGAACACAUCACCUUCAGAUGUGCGACGCUAUGUGCACACAUACAGAAACAAUCGCGACCUGAAGCUGCUGCUCAUCGACGGCAUGUCUGCCGGUAAGACGAAUUACGGAACGCUCGACACGCAGGACUUGGUGCUUUUGGAAGGAAAGAAUCUCUACCCCUCGCCGUUUGAUGACCCCAGACGUGGUCAGGACCUGUGUAAAGUUGUCCAGCCGUGGGGCUACGACGGCUUGAUCCGAUCAGAGAUUGGCUUUGAGAUUAUCCACUGCAACUUUACCGACAACCUGUAUCAGAUGAAGGUCAAGAGCACGCUGCACGAAGAAGAAAAGAUUGGCGACUACUCGAUGUACUGGUAUCAGUGGAUUCGCGCUGCUGGUCUACGCUACGAUGGACUCGGCGCCCGAGUUAAGCUCGACUUCUCCUCUAUGGUUUCCGGGUUGUGGUAUCCCGUCAACAUGACAAAUCCGGAUCCGUUACAUCCUGAAUUUAAGAGACUUGCUGCUACCCCGAUAGAUAAGCUACGUAUUAUGAAGGACCGCGUACAGGAAAUCGCCAAGGCCGACUACCAGACCUUCCUCAUCGACUGGAGAUACAUUGUUGACAGCAUUGUCGAAAGAUUCUCUGAUAGACUGGCCAACAUGGCUCACAAGGAUGUGAGUGAUGUAGCAUUUAUUAAUGAAAUCCAAGCUACAGCCUUGAGCCACGUUGAUGCCGUGGGCUAUCUCGACUCGCAGGACAGAGAGGCCGUUCUCAAGCAGUCGAUCAAGGACUGCAUGGACCACUACCUGUACCCGGCUCUUCCUUUUUCCAAGCGCUGGAACCAGGCAGAUCACAUGCUCUACCACAGCGUCAUCACUGUCAUGAACGCCACUUGCACCACGUUUAUUCAGGGUUGGUCUGACCUCCGCGAAGCAUCUGGUCCAGAUGGCCUUAGAAUCCGAUACCUCAGCAACAGCAAAGAGCAGCGGAUUACCCUCAACAAGGCUAAAACUCAAGUGAAGCAGUUAACUGCUAGCUUGGGCUGGACGACUUGGCUCAAGCCUCGUCCUUGCCCCGUCGAUGAGGUGAACUUGGUGGUUAUGUGGCCGUACGGUAAUAAGGAAGACCACUCUAACCCUGGAUGCCGUAAGAUAUCAGAGCUUGACAUGGAUAGAUCAGAUUACUGGAACUUUAGUAUACCAGUCGAUGUCGGAGAGAAGCCGCCUGUUGCUGACUUGGAAUUCGAGGAGCUAUGAUAACUAUGCAGGCUUCUUCGUUGGGCUGUUGCUGUUGGUAGCAUUUGCAACAACUUUGAUAGCAUGGUCCACCUUGGAUAGAACUCCCUAGAAGAUAUUAACACAAAGCUUAUAUAUAUUCGUACAAUAUAUAGCUUACAGGGAGAGUUUUAACGAGCUCAGGCUUACCCUGCGCUAUAAAUGUGACAGCUUUGUUAGUAAUGCUAGUCGCAGCAUCCAUGUCUUGCAGUGUCUGUUGCACAUUGAGCGCCUUUGCCCCCGUUGCAAGGGACAGCAUUAUAACCGAGGCACUAGAGAUAAAAUGCAUGGCUGCGGCUAUUAUAUAAGGUCCUUAAUUAUGAGGCUUAAGGAUUUGGAUGUAGGUGAUAGAUCGAAGUCUUUAGAGUAGUCCAGAGAACAACAACUGCCGUGUUAUGCCGAUGACCAUAAGCCGUCUUUAAAAUGAAUGUCUUGGUAUGAG